AUGAACACCAACAAUAACAAUGAUAAUAAUAACUUUGUCAAUAUACCUCAUAUUAUUUUAAGAUAUAUUAUCAACUAUUUAGAUAAUAUCGAUAGAUUAUGUUUCAGUCUGACUUGUAAAAGAUGGUUUCAUGAAAGAAAUCGAUAUUUUAUUUUCAACCCAGAUGAUCUUGUGCAUCAAUCUUUGGAAUAUACAUACCCAUCAUUCAAAUUAAAUUCCUAUAGAGAUAUUAUACAUCGCUCAUUAGAAUUAAAGACAAUUUGCAGACUCAAUAUUCGUGCAUACCUUACACCCAUUGGUUAUUCUAACUUUGAUUAUGUAAUUCAUAAAGAUAGUUUAGUAGAUUAUAAAAUUCCAUUAAGCUGUCGAUCUUUAACACUACCAGAUGAUCUAGAGGAAUCAGAUUUGGAACACCUUCGAAAAACAUUGGUAGAUUCAAGUAUCACGGAGAUCGAAAACUAUCAGGUAUCAAAGAGAGGUCCUCUCUCAAGCAAAAUCACAUCGAUUUGCUACAAAGGUACAAAAAUGCUUCCUUCCAAUGUACUACAUGGUUUGACACGACUUGAACUUGUCUACUUUAAUAGACCUUUAGAACCAGGUACCUUACCUUCAACUCUUCAAUAUCUAAAGUUUAAAUCAUUCAAUCAGCCACUUUCACCUGGAUGCCUCCCAGAAGGAUUGAUAGACAUUACAUUUGGCCAUGCUUUUCAACAUCCCAUUGAGAGUGGUGUUCUUCCAAACUCAUUGAAAUCGCUCACUGGCUCCAGGACAUACUCUGAACAAGUCAUACAGAAAGGUGCACUACCUCCAAAUUUGGAAACUUUGAAGUUUGCUCGAUUAGAACCAAUAUCAAAUCUGGAAAUUCCGGCAUCACUUGUGACACUUGAAGGCAUUCCAAUAGCAUGGUUACCAUUAAUUAAAGAUCUGAAAAAUCUAAGGAAUCUGAGCAUAGCUGGUUUUGACGGAGAUCGCUUGAAGCCAGGAGAUAUUCCAGAGGGUGUUGUCAAUCUCAAACUCAGCAGAGCUAAGGUCAUGGCAAAUGAAAAUAUGCCAAACAUCAUUCCAUACUCUGUAAAGUAUCUUCAUCUCGACGACUGUGACUACGCAUUCCCUGUGGAUUUGGCAUAUGAUUUCGAAGAGGUAAAAAUCAGUGGAUCGACAACAAUCAACCACCAACUCUCAUAUGUCAAGAUCAACAAAUUGGAUCUACAAGAUUCAAAACUAGUGUUCAACCAACAAAACAUUCCAGAGAGAACCAAUUCCAUUGUAUUCUCAUCGAAUGUCACUGACAACUUUAGAUACUCCAAUCCUGCAAAUGAAUUGAUGAUAAAAGAGAUCGACAAAGGAUACUUUUGUAUCUUUGGAAAAACUAGAAGUAAUUUGGUAUCGGGUUUCUUUCAUGAAUCCCAAUCCAGGUAUCUAUUUGAAUCUGUAGAUACCAAUUUCUAUAAAUCAUAA